AUGUGGAGACACAGGGAGAAGACGGCUGUCUACAAGCCAAAGAGCGAGGACUCGGAAGAAACCAACCCUGGUGACACCUUGAUCUCGGACUUCCAGCCUCCAGACUCUCUGGGCCGCGAGGACGACCAGCCCUGUGGCUUCUCAAGGCACGUCGGCCCGCAGCUCCUCACCUGGGUGCGAGAUGGGGGCCGAGGAGAGCGGCCCUUCCGGGUCUCUACAGCCCGCACACUCGAAGGCCUGGCCCCCAGGCCCCCUGCCAGGGUAGCAGGAGGGCUGAGAACCCAGCAGACAGAUGCUACUCAGCCAGCAGCAUCUGUGCUGACCACCCUCCUGAGCCCACUCAAUGGGACCUGGCUGCCCAUAGGCUCAGCGAGGCCUGGACCCCAGGGUCCCCCACCUCAGCCCUGGGCUGCUGCCAAUCAGACCCAAGCUCUGGAUCAAGGGGCCCCAACCUUCCUGGUGCCAUCCUCUGCCCUUGGCAGCUGUAAGGCCUUCUUGGGCCUGCAGAAGACUGGUCAGCAGGGGACAGGCAGGCUGCAGUGUGGCCGACACUGUGUCUCUGCUGCCGGGCCCACGGGAAGUGGCCCAGGAAUUGUGCCAGGCUGUGCCCUUCACUCAACUGAGAACAAGAUAGAGAAAGUCCCCGUCUUCAGAUGCUCUCCCGGCUGGGGUUCCUUCUAUAUCCCGGGCUUGGACCCUUUCCUGCUCAUCCUCUGCAACAGCUGUGUGCCAGCCUGCAAGUACUGGGUACCCGUGGUCCUUUGGUGUUGGAGAGGUAGCCCAGCUUCCUGUCAGCGGGUGAAGACGUUCACUGUCCUUGUCAACGGAUGUCAGUGCAGCCCUAAGGCAUGA